AUGGAAUUGUUUGUGCUCAUCGAACUUGGAUACCACUGGUUAAACGAUGCUCUUCAGGAUUAUAUCGCCUCUGCGUAUGAAUGUACUUUUGUAAAGCAUACAGACGAACUGCCUACGGAAGAACAUUUGCUUCUCAUCUUUUCUCAUAUGCAGCCAGAGAAGCCUAUGGUCAUACCGACUAAUUCAAAAGCUCUAUUUAGCAUGUAUCCAUUAACAGAUGCUUUAACCCGUAAAGACUGUUUGUCAAUGGUAGUCGAGUACUGGUCUGCUAAGAGACCUGGAAGCGUACUAUCAGGCUGCAUGCCUGCGACGGUUUCCUUUGAGAUCGAUUACGCUGAAUACCUAGACGAAGCUCUCGCAGAGUCAGACUCUUAUGACCUUUGCACGUCAUUAUCCCACAACACUGGACUUAUGCCGAAAGAUCGGCAGUGGUGGAUCUUGAAACCUGCAAUGACCGCACGCGGCGACGGCAUUAGACUCUUCAGCGAUGAGAACCAACUAAGAGAGAGCUUUGAAUCAGUUGAGGACGAUGACGACGAAAUCUCAGAAGAUGGAAAGGCUAGGUUUUCUAACCACGCACUGGCAAGCGGAGCAGUACCCUCAUCCUGUCUGCGAAAUUUCAUCGCACAGCGGUAUAUAAGUAAUGUUCCCCGAUUGGACAACAGGAAGUUUCAUAUACGAGCUUACGUUCUUGCCGUUGGUCGAUUGCAACUCUACGUUUACCAAGAACUGCUGGUCAUAUCAGCAUCAGAGCCUUAUCGCCCUCCCUGGGAAUCUAUGAGCAGAGGAUCAGCACUUACCAAUACACAUUUACAGGGCACUGUUUGCUCAGAAUCAGCGAGACGAGAUUUCUGGACAUUACCUGAUGAUCUCUUCGGACAGGACGGGUCAUGGAAAGACCGAGCCUACUUCCGUAUCCAACAAAUUGCUGGAGAAUGUUUCUUAGCAGCAGCGACUAUGAAUACUAAUAUCGCUCUCCAUCCUGACUGCUUCGAGAUCUUCGCUUUGGACUUUCUGAUAGAUCAAGACGAGCAUGUAUGGUUGAUGGAAGUUAACUCGGGGCCAGGACUAUCAGCUAAAGGGACUGGUUCCCGAAUUGCGAAGGGUUUCUUCAAGGCAACAGCCGAUGUCCUACUACAGAGUGAGCUCGGUUUGCGACCACGAUACAGCAAUGAGGAGUCUAUGGAAAAGGUUCUUGACGUAGCGCUUCCACAUCAAAGGUUUGCGCCACUGAAGGAAGUUUAG